AUGAAACAGGUACUGAAUCACAAUACUUUAAUUGCCUCUAUAGUACCACGUAGUAUCUCUACGAAAUCAACUUACCAAAACGUGGGACGCUUAAUUACACAUGAACGAAAUCGAUUAAAUGCCAUUUGGUAG